GGUCUUUUGUCCCUCGGCGGACACCGUUGCCAGCCAAAGCUAUGUCUCCGCGCUUGCCGCCUUCGUAGGGUGCCGAAUUGUACCUUUUUCCCCACGCGUGCCAUGGCGAGCCGAGGGGCUCGUCAGCGCCUGAAGGGUAGCGGGGGCAGCGGUGGGGACACGGUCUCGGCCGCGGACAAGCUGCGGGAGCUGCUGUGCAGCCGUGAGGCGAGCGGCGCGGAGCCCCGGACCGAGUUAUCUGGGAACAAAGCAGGACAAGUCUGGGCACCUGAAGGAUCUACUGCUUUCAAGUGUCUGCUCUCAGCAAGGUUAUGUGCUGCUCUCCUGAGCAACAUCUCUGACUGUGAUGAAACAUUCAACUACUGGGAACCAACACACUACCUCAUCUAUGGGAAGGGGUUUCAGACUUGGGAAUAUUCCCCAGUUUAUGCAGUUCGCUCCUAUGCUUACCUGUUGCUUCAUGCCUGGCCAGCUGCAUUUCAUGCAAGAAUUCUACAAACUAAUAAGAUUCUUGUCUUCUACUUUUUACGAUGUCUCCUGGCUUUUGUGAGCUGUAUCUGUGAACUUUACUUUUACAAGCACUCUUCUGAGCACUUUUCCAUGCGUUGUCCUCACAGAAGUCUGAAAAAGGCUGUGUGCAAGAAGUUUGGGCUGCAUGUGAGUCGAAUGAUGCUAGCCUUCUUGGUUCUUAGCACUGGCAUGUUUUGCUCCUCAUCAGCCUUCCUUCCUAGCAGCUUCUGUAUGUAUACCACGUUGGUAGCCAUGACUGGCUGGUAUAUGGACAAGACUUCUGUUGCUGUGCUUGGAGUAGCUGCUGGAGCUAUCUUAGGCUGGCCAUUCAGUGCUGCUCUUGGUUUACCCAUUGCCUUUGAUUUGCUGGUCAUGAAGCACAAGUGGAAGAGUUUCUUUCAUUGGUCUCUGGUGGCCCUAAUACUCUUUCUGGUGCCUGUGGUGGUCAUUGAUAGCUACUACUAUGGGAAACUGGUGGUUGCACCACUGAACAUCGUCUUGUACAAUGUCUUUACUCCUCAUGGACCUGAUCUUUACGGUACGGAACCCUGGUAUUUCUAUUUGAUGAAUGGAUUUCUUAAUUUUAAUGUAGCCUUUGCAUUGGCUCUCCUGGUCUUACCACUAACUUCUCUCAUGGAAUACCUAUUGCAGAGAUUUCAUGUUCAGAAUUUAGGCCACCCAUAUUGGCUUACCUUGGCUCCAAUGUAUAUUUGGUUUAUAAUUUUCUUCAUCCAGCCUCACAAAGAGGAGAGAUUUCUUUUCCCUGCAUAUCCACUUAUAUGUCUCUGUGGUGCUGUGGCCCUCUCUGCGCUUCAGAAAUGUUACCACUUCGUGUUUCAGCGAUACCGCCUGGAACAUUACACGGUGACAUCGAACUGGCUGGCAUCGGGAACACUCAUCCUGUUUGGGCUCUUGUCCUUUUCUCGCUCUGUGGCCCUGUUCAAAGGGUAUCAUGGGCCCCUUGAUUUGUAUCCAGAAUUUUACCGAAUUGCCACGGACCCAACCAUCCACACCGUCCCAGAAGGCAGGCCUGUGAACGUCUGUGUAGGAAAGGAGUGGUAUCGCUUUCCCAGUAGCUUCCUUCUGCCUGAUAAUUGGCAGCUUCAGUUCAUUCCAUCAGAGUUCAGGGGUCAGUUACCAAAACCUUUUGCGGAGGGACCACUGGCCACUCGAAUUGUUCCUACUGACAUGAAUGACCAGAACCUGGAGGAGCCAUCCAGAUACAUCUUCAAGGCUGCUGCGGGCAUUCUAUGUCCCCUUCCUGUCAGAUCAGUAUACAGCAUAUGCAAACUAUACCAUCCUCAAACCCCGGAAAGCAAAGCAAAUCAAGAAGAAAAGCGGAGGUUAGCAACACGCCUCUGGCCCCAAAGGACGACCAUCCUGUUAACUAGUGAUUGCACUGACAGGACUCCCUCCAAGUCAUCAUUUGUAACAUUUGUAAUAAAGGCUGUCUGACAUGGAUGCUGGAAUCUGGGUGCUUUAGGCUGGUCAGAGUCAUUCACGUUCACGUCUUGCCUGUGUCUCUGUUCUGCAUGUGAACUUUUUGCAGCUGGGCAGAAAAAGGCCCUAAAGUCUGGUAGAUAUGUAGCUCUACAUCUUACUGUUUUUCUUCUGUUCAAUUAUUUACUAGAGCGGAGAAGAGCAGAACCACCUUACAAGAAGAAUUGAAAAUCCCUGAACUAGAUGGCUGCGUUAAACUGUUCUCCAUACUCUGCCUGGCAUCUGAGAACUAGCAAGCCUCUUUUGGGCCAUAUGGGCUUCUCCACCAAAGCUGUCUGGCAGCUUCUAGCAGACCUUGUUCAAAUCCUAGUGCUGAAAAUGAGCACAGCCUAAUUGCCAACCUACAUGUCCUUUUCACCUUGUGCAAGACUAAGCUUCUCUAAAGCACUUCACAGGACUAGGACCCUGUCCUGGAGAUAUCUCAGGAAAAAGGCUACCAUUUGAGGAACUGUAACCUAAUUUCAUUAUAUAGGAUGCCUCUUAUUUUCAUUUCCUUUACAACAAACUGUAACCAUAUUUUCUUUAAGUUUUAGCAUGCUGUUUCUUGAAUUCAAGACUUCUCUGUAUAAAGGUAUCAACAGACCAGACCAUAAUUGUAUAGGACAUAUUUGGAGAAAAUUAAUUCUAUCAUUUGGUAGGUUUGGACGACCUCACAUUUUUAAGUAAUGUAUUCUGAGGCCAUUUCUGGGGAAAUUAAGAAUUUCCCCUUUUUUAACAACUCGAGUGGAAAAGGCCAGUGUAUAUUUAUAGCACCUAUUUUUGAGUCUAUCUGUUGCAAAGCACAUUCUGCAUGGGGCACUUCUAGUCAAACGGGCAAUUGAGGACCUAAUUAAAAUGUAGUAAGUAAAUACUGUUACUUUACAUACAGUAUUCCACAGUUUACAAAGCACUUUCACAUUAUGUCAUUUGGUCCUCACAGUCACGACGUGAGGCAGAGAAGGCAAGUGGUUUUAUUCCCAUUUUACAGAUAAUGACUUUGGCGUGGGGGGUGGGGAAGGCCAAGUGGUAUGCCCAAGGUCACAUGAUCAGGCAGUAACAGAGCUAGGACUGGAACCUGGGUUCCCUAACUGCUCCCCUAGUGCUCUUCCAUACUUCCUCUCUUGACUCUGAAGACAUGACUUGGAAGAAUGAUGAUGUUGGCCAGAGACCUGCUUGUUAAAGUAACUUUCUAUUUUAAGGAAGACUUUUCUCUGUAUUUCUUUGAGUUCUUCAGAGCCUCCACUGUGCCUGUCAGACCAUUACAGUAGCACCCCGCAAUGCAGCCCAGCCUGUGGCAGGAAAGUAGUGCUCAUGUUUGGAAGCCCUGCUCCUUUGCGGCCCCACAGGAUCUCCUAUCAAUUGCAUGCACACGUAGGCCAUCUGGGGUCUGUUCUAGGUGCCUUAUUUCCCUCGAGGUAAUUGUGUCUAGUAUCUGCAAAUGGAACGACGCUAUUUUCCAGAGGUUUCAUCUUUCGUUUUUCAAAGAGAAGGGCUUUCCAACAGGAACUGAUCCCAAGAGAGGAGAAGAGAAGUCAUAGGGGAAGAAAUGGCUGGUUCCCACAUGACAAGUCUCCUCUUCGGGAUCCGUCUAAUGGAAUUUCUGAGGUUGAAGUGCUGGAGAGGAACUCGGUCUAGACAGUUUAGAACCAAUUGGAGAGUGAAGAUAAGCCAGGGUCCCACCUGCUGCUUUAAAGGUUUCUGGCAUUUAACCAUCAGUACUUGGUUCCUGCUUUCCGAGCCAAAUAUUGGCACCUGUGGUCUGACUACAGGGUAGAGAAUUUUUGGUGAAAGAUCUUGUCCUACCUGCAGGAACAGUGUACUGUCUUUCACAGUGGCUAAAGCCCUCUACUUUUUGCAAAAGUGGUGAAUGAGUCCCAUCACGGAGGUCCAGGGUGAGUAGCUGUUAUCCUAAUCUGAGUGAUAAAGUGAUGGUCUGUUUUAUCAUCUUGCAUGUUUAAAAAAAAAAAAAAAGCCUUCUGAUUAAGAAUUUCCUGUAACAGAGCACAAAAAAGGUCACAAUUGAUCCAGGGAUUCCUUGGGAAUAUCUGUUCCUAUCCUUUUUAAGACCUGGUCUUGGUUUCCUCUAUUCUAGGUCCAUCUUAGUGAGAGCGCAAUAGAUUGCGGGACCCUGUGCCAAAUGCUAUGGGUAAGGGAUAUAAAGAUGAAUGUCUUUUGUUGUGAAAAUGAGUAUUUCUCGUGUGAUGUUAUAUAACCACAUUUAAGAAAAAUCUCCAUCUCGGGGCGCCUGGGUGGCACAGCAGUUAAGCAUCUGCCUUCGGCUCAGGGCGUGAUCCCGGCGUUCUGGGAUCGAGCCCCACAUCAGGCUCCUCUGCUGGAAGCCUGCUUCUUCCUCUCCCACUCCCCCUGCUUGUGUUCCCUCUCUCGCUGGCUGUCUCUCUCUCUGUCGAAUAAAUAAAUAAAAAAUCUUAAAAAAAAAAAAAAAUCUCCAUCUGAACAAUACAGGGAGGCUGGCUUUGCCUGGGAAAAAGAGUUUCAAGAUACCUGGUCACACAAGCAUUUCUCUUCUAGAGAACCGGUGUUUAGCAUGAGCUGCUAUAAGCUCUGCUUACCAUAAGGAUGGAGUCUCUGAGGCACGUGUUUCUCCACAGGUUGUUGAGUAUUGAAGAAUGAAGGACUACAGAUGAUUUGUAAGAAUCUUUGAUUAUGGAGCUGAGCAAGGGAGUGGGUGUACUUGGCAGUUUCAGGGCUUUCUGAUCUCUAAAGUUUAUUUAUUUUUUAGUUAUCUCUUUGUGGGGCUCAGACUCACAACCCUGAGAUCAAGAGUCACAUGCUCUUCUGAUUGAGCCCACCAGGUGCCCCCCCGAUUUCUAGAUCUUAAGCAGCCUUAUCUGAACCCCAGAUCUUAAGACACUGAGCCCCAUUGCUGAACCAGACACUGUAGUAAGCAUCUGUUAUCAAAGUGUGCAUAUCACCUGCCAGGGGAUAUGCACACUUUGAUAAAAGACCAGUCACUUUAAUCACAGAAAAUGGGAAUCCAUAUUCUUUAUUAUUGAAUUCAAGUUUAGAAACAGAUUGUUCUAAAUCAAGGUGGCUCUUGAUCUCAACCAUUUAUUUGGGUCAUUUUUCCUAGUUCGGAGUUCUGGGAAAAAGCCUUAAAAACUCAUGUGAUUUUAUAGCAUUAGAUCUGGAGUGACUGUUGGGGCAAAGCACCAAUGGCAAUCCUUUAUUGUGUGUUGCAUUUCAUGGGGUUUAUUGAAAUAAUUCACUGUGAUUAUGCUGUCAUCUAUCCAGUAUCAGGCAGCUCUGCUUUUAAUUAAGCUGUUUUCUCUGAAGAGGGAAAAGAGGCACAAUUUCAUCUUUGCUUCCACAGCCUAUUAAAGCUUGUGUGUUAAUUCAUUCUUCAGUUACCACAUGAAAUGCCUUGAGUAAAUGGAUAGAUGGACAUGUGCUCAGCUUUGUUCUUUGGCAACAGAUCAGGCUUCCUUAUGGCUUUGUUGAAUUUCAGAGGCCCUCUGGUAUUUUGGUAAAUCUAGAUGAAUGUUGCCUUUACUUUUCCCAAUAUAUACGACCAUGUAAUUCGUGCUGCACGUGAAAUCAGGAAGCAGUGCAGUGUUGAAGCAAGAGUCUUGUCCCAUUCAUUUGUCUUCCUGAUCCCUGUACUUUAUCUCACUUGUCAGUGUUUAUAUUACAAACAUGUAUUUUCUGUAAAAGAAAAAGUUAAAUAAAUCUUGGCAAUUUGAUUUUCCUGUUCUUAGGGUGAUAUUUUCUCUUUUGCAUCUAGCUUUUAAAUCUUUGGUGGAGAUUGAAACUCAGCUCCUCCCACCUCCCCCACUCUGACCCUUCAGCUUAUAGACCUGCCUUCCCCAGGCUAAAUAGCCUGGAAUGUUUAUUCUGAAAACUGUAGGAAGAAGCCUUUGUUUGUGAAAGCCCAUGAGGGUUAGUGUUAUUGUACUUGUCG